UCCACAGAGUCGUGGUUCAUUCCCCACCACAUAGUGCACCACAAUGGAAAGGAUCGAAUAGUCUACAACUGUUCCUUCCAGUACCAUGGUCAGAGCUUGAAUGAACAACUCCUUCCAGGGCCAACACUUGGGCCAUCUCUGUUGGGCGUGAUAUUGAGGUUCCGGCAACAUGCAGUUGCAGUGAGCGGGGACAUAAAAGGCAUGUUCCACCAAGUACGUUUAUUACCUGGUGACAAAUCGGUCCUGCGAUUCAUCUGGAGGAACAUGAACCAGGAAGCUCACCCAGACAUUUACUAGUGGCAGGUACUUCCCUUUGGUACGACCUGCAGCCCAUGCUGCGCCACUUAUGCUCUUCAGUAUCAUGCCCAAGAAUACCGACAUACCAUGUCUGGACUAGUUGACAUUGUGGAGACCUCAUUCUAUGUUGAUAACUGCCUUCACAGUACCCCCGAUCAAGGUGAGGCCAAGGCCAUAAUAGAUGGAUUGCGUCAGUCCUUGCUACAGGGAGGCUUUGAAAUCCGACAAUGGGCAUCCAAUGUGCCAUCCAUUCUCAGGCACCUCCCAUCGGAAGCCAGAUCAGCUAGUAGUGAGUGCUGGUUGUCUCAGAGUAGCACUGACCUGCAAGAACUUACACUCGGCUUACAAUGGAAUUGCCUCGACGACACCCUUGGGUAUAGAAACCGUGUAGCAGAGCCUGCUCAGCCCACUAUGAGGAACCUGUAUAAGACUUUGGCAAGCCAAUAUGACCCCUUGGGGUUCAUCCUACCCUUCACUACGAGGGCAAAGACUCUGAUCCAGGAUCUCUGGAAACACAACCUAAGCUGGGAUGACCCUAUUGAACCCUUACAUCUGCGUGAGAAAUGGUCCACAUGGAUUGCAGAGCUUUCCAGUAUCACCAAACUACAAUUCCCUCGACCUUAUGCUCCUGGCAAAUCCGACACUCCAUCCACUGUCAGAGAGUUACAUGUCUUUUGCGACGCCUCGGAGAGGGUAUAUGGAUCUGUCGCCUACCUUCAGGUCACCGACGAGAGUGAUGAAGUCCAUGUCACCUUUGUCCUAGCUCGAUCUAGAGUGGCCCCUCGGAAAUGUCUAUCUAUGCCCUGCCUGGAGUUGUGCGCGGCGCUCUCUGGAGCUCAGAUGGCCAAAGUCAUACAGACUGAACUUACCAUUCCCACCAAGUCACAUACUGGACUGAUUCAACCACGGUGCUGCAUUGGUUAA